GUACAUGUGGUCACGCUGCACGGUUCUACCAUUCUACAAUCGUUUUUAAAUUUUUAAAAUUUUUAUUAUUAACCAUUCUACAAUCGUGUCUUGGAAAGUAUCGGUUGCAAGGGUCUUGUGCUUCAAACAGAGGGAGGAUGCGGUCACAAUUUUGUGGACAUGGACAUUAUUUUAGCUAGAGGUGAGGACCACAUCUACUGAUCUUGGAUCAGUCCCUCUCCAUUCCUCUAUCACAGCUCAGAGUGGAGGCAGUGCCAUGGACCACAGUGAGCAGAGCCCUACUGAUGUGGGAUUGCCCCCUAUCUCUAUCACAGCUCAGAGUGGAGCCAGUGCCAUGGACCACAGUGAGCAGAGCCCUACUGAUGUGGGAUUGCCCCCUAUCUCUAUCACAGCUCAGAGUGGAGUCAGUGCCAUGGACCACAGUAAGCAGAGCCUUACUGAUGUGGGAUCACCCCCUAUCUCUAUCACAGCUCAGAGUGGAGCCAGUGCCAUGGACCACAGUAAGCAGAGCCCUACUGGUGUGGGAUCACCCUCUAUCUCUAUCACAGCUCAGAGUGGAGCCAGUGCCAUGGACCACAGUGAGCAGGGCCGUACUGGUGUGGGAUCACCCCCUAUCUCUAUCAUAGCUCAGAAUGGAGGCACUGUUGUAGCACCACUGAUAUAUCAAUCUACUCUUGGAUCGGGGACUACCAUCAGCCAGUCUGAUAAAAGUAUUACCACAGGAACUGAGCAGGAGACAGGGCUGGGAGGCACACAGAAAGACAACCUCCAAGGAAACCUGAAGAAAGAAACAAGAGAAUCCAUCAUAAAAGACCAACAUAACCUGAAAGAGCAUCUGAAGAAUCUUUGUGACAACAUAUGUCAAAGUUCAGCAGAACAGACCCUCCUCAAUAAGAUCUAUACAGAACUCUACAUCACAGAGGGGGGAAGUGGGGGGGUCAAUAAUGAGCACGAGCUCGCACAGAUUGAGACAGCAUCCAAGAGACAAACCACCCAGGAGACUCCAAUCCUCUCCAAUGACAUCUUUAAGCCUUUACCUGGCCAAGAGAAACGCAUCAGGACGGUGCUUACAAAGGGCAUCGCUGGCAUUGGGAAAACUGUCUCUGUUCACAAGUUCAUUCUGGACUGGGCAGAAGGAAAAGCCAAUGGGGACAUUGAUUUUAUCUUCCCUCUUCCUUUCCGCGAUCUUAAUUUGAAGGAGAAAGAAUGUAGUCUGGUGGAACUUCUCCAGGAUUACUUUCCAGAACUUACUUUCCUGAAUAAUCUUUCCCCAGAAGAGAUCAAAAUCAUUGAUCGUAAGGUAAAGGUUUUGUUCAUUUUUGAUGGUCUAGAUGAGUGUCGACUUCCUCUAAAGUUCAAUAGUGGAAUUUGGCGUGAUGUAGAAAAACCAGCCUCAGUGCAGAAGCUACUGACAAAUCUUAUUGAGGGGGAAUUGCUUUCCUCUGCUCUCGUCUGGAUCACCUCCCGGCCAGCAGCACUCAGUCAGAUUCCACAGAAGUACAUCCACCGAGUGACAGAGGUACAUGGGUUCAAUGACCCACAGAAGGAGGAAUACUUCAGGAAGAGAGUCAGCGAUCAGAACCAGGCCAGCAGAAUUAUCUCACACUUGAAGUCAUCCAGGAGUCUCUACAUCAUGUGCCAUAUACCAGUCUUCUGCUGCAUUUCUGCGACUGUUCUGGAGACAAUGUUGGAUAAAACUGAGAGUGGAGAUGUGCCCAAAACUCUGACUGAAAUGUACACGCACUUCCUGCUCAUUCAGACCUGUAUGAAGCAUGAGAAAUAUCAUGGCUCCAAUGAGCCAAACCCAGAGAAAUUGUCAGAGUCAGAUACAGAAAUCAUCCUGAAACUGGGGAAGCUGGCCUUUCUACAGCUGAAAAAGGGCAAUCUGAUAUUCUAUGAGAAGGACCUGAGGGGGAGUGGCAUUGAUGUCAGCGAAGCUUCAGUGUACUCUGGUAUGUGCACAGGGAUCUUUAAACUUCAGGGUGGGUUACAUCGGGAGAAUGUCUACUGCUUUGUGCAUCUGACCAUUCAGGAGUAUCUGGCUGCCUUGUUUGUAUUUCAUUCAUGUGUAAAUGAGAACAGAAAUGUACUCAGAGCUCAAUUUCACAUUGGCCAAAUGCAGCUGUCUGAGUUACACAGAAGGGCAGUGGAUCAGGCCUUAGACAGUACAAAUGGACACUUAGACCUUUUCCUCCGAUUCCUUCUUGGCUUCUCUCUGGACACCGUUCAAAGUCUCCUUGGAGAACAACUGACACAGACAGGAAGCAGACACAAGGAGAAGUCUUUCUUUCAAAGACUAUGGACACCGACAGAAAGCAGAUCAGAGAGCACUCAGAAAACAGUCCAGUACAUUAAGCAGAAGAUCAGAAAGGAAUCUUCAGCAGAGAGGAUUAUUAAUCUGUUCCACUGUCUGAAUGAACUGAAUGACAACUCUCUUGUGGAGGAAAUCCAGAAUUCCCUGAGAUUGGGAAAACUUUCUGAUAAACAGCUGGACCCACACCAAGCUUCAGCUCUAGCCUUUGUGUUACUGAUGUCAGAGGAGACCCUGGAUGAGUUUCACUUGGAGACCUACAACACAUCAGAAGCAGGUCGUCAGAGGCUGAUACCAGUGCUCAGGAACUGCAGGAAGGCCAUACUGAGCAAGUGCUACCUCACAGAGAAGUCCUGUGAUAUUGUGGCCUCAGCUCUCCAGUCAUCAAACUCACCCCUGAGAGAUCUGAACCUCAGCCUCAAUAAGCUGAGCAUUUCAGCAGUGGAGCGGCUCUGCGCUGGCCUGACAAGUCCAAACUGUAAUCUACAGAAACUGGCGCUGGGUGGGUGUGAUCUCACAGAGGGCUGCUGUGAUGUUCUGGCCUCAGUCCUGCGCUCUCCUCACUCAGAGCUGAGAGACCUAGAGCUCCGAAAGAACAAACUGCAGGAUUCAGGAGUGAGAGCGCUCUCUGCUGGACUGAAGGACCCACACUGUAAACUACAGAGACUGGGGCUGGAAUGGUGUAAUCUCACAGAGGGCUGCUGUGAUGUUCUGGCCUCAGUCCUGCGCUCUCCUCACUCAAAGCUGAGAGACCUACAGCUCAAUCUCAACAGCCUGCAGGAUUCAGGAGUGAGAGCGCUCUCUGCUGGACUGGAGGACCCACACUGUAAACUACAGAGACUGGGGCUGGGUGGGUGUGAUCUCACAGAGGGCUGCUGUGAUGUUCUGGCCUCAGUCCUGCGCUCUCCUCACUCAGAGCUGAGAGACCUAGAGCUCCGAAAGAACAAACUGCAGGAUUCAGGAGUGAGAGCGCUCUCUGCUGGACUGAAGGACCCACACUGUAAACUACAGAGACUGGGGCUGGAAUGGUGUAAUCUCACAGAGGGCUGCUGUGAUGUUCUGGCCUCAGUCCUGCGCUCUCCUCACUCAAAGCUGAGAGACCUACAGCUCAAUCUCAACAGCCUGCAGGAUUCAGGAGGGAGAGCGCUCUCUGCUGGACUGGAGGACCCACACUGUAAACUACAGAGACUGGGGCUGGUUUGGUGUGAUCUCACAGAGGGCUACUCUGAUGUUCUGGCCUCAGUCCUGCGCUCUCCUCACUCAGAGCUGAGAGACCUAGAGCACUCUCUGCUGGACUGGAGGACCGACACUGUAAACUAGAGAUACUGUGGACCAGGACCAGGAUCAGGACCCACCUUUGAAAUCGGUCUCUCUUAGCACUCAGGGAGGAUCUUGGCAGCAGAAAAAACGGCCCCAGACCCACUUGACCAUGGAGCACUCCCAGAACAGAUGAUUUACGUGUCCUUCAGCGCUCUGUAUGUGUAUGGGGGGUCCCUGCUGUACAGGACUUUCAGAUCUAGCACACACAGCGUUCUCAGGAACUGGCAUAGUACCUAGUGAAGGUACCAGAGGCCUUCUGGACAUUCUGGGCCAGUGUAGCCAGACCCUGUGCCAGAAUGAUGUUAACCAUGUCUAGGACCCCCCCGGCCCCCGUUCUUUUGUAGGAAAAAUUCACAGAACAAGGUGUUCUAUCUCCAUUUUAUGACAAAUCAAUCACAAGUCAAAAUCUGAUUAAACCGUAAAACUGUCAGAGUUGAGCAAGCUGGUUCCUCCAAAACACUCAAAAGCGUCAUGUCAAAAGUAUACCAAUAUGUACGCUGCCUAUUACUCAUGUAAUCAAUAUGUAUGCUGCCUAUUACUCAUGUAAUCAAUAUGUAUGCUGCCUAUUACUCAUGUAAUCAAUAAGUAAUCCAAUGAACCUAUAUAAUUAAUUACGGAUGAGCUAAUGGAAACGCAAGAAACCAGAGUGUCAGCUGGAGAAGAAAAAGCAAAAGAAUGUGUCAGGCUGAAAAACCACACUUACUCAGAAGAAAACAUUAAUCAAAUAUUAAUCAAGUAUGAUUAAGUAUGCCUGUAUAUUUUAAUAUAACUGAUAAACUGCUCAUUUGUGCUAGAAGUACAAAGUGACCCAUAUGUAACCUGAGUUGAAUACAAUAAUGUGUAUGCUUAAAAGGAAAAUUGGAAAGUACAGCAGUUUGUGGGACGGGGGCGGCUUGAAUGGCUUGCAGGACAAGGAGUCUUGCUUUGUAGGCUGUCUUUGCCAAAAUAGUUUGUGGGGCAGGGUGACCUGACCAGCUUGCAGGGCGGGAUGUCUUUCUUUGAAGACUGUCAUUUUCAGUUUACGGAACAAGAUGUGAUAAGAACAUUUAUUUUUUAAAACAGCGUACAAAGCAAAAAUGUGGGCCUGCGCAUUGAGGUGCCACAAAGACCACCUGGUGUUUUUAGGAAUGUUUUGAGAGGAGUUACGUUGAAAGAAGUGUAUGGAAUGUGUAAGAAACUAACAAUCGAGGUUCAGUUCUGGAGAAUUGAUCCGGCUUUGUGCACUUGUGCUAAUAAAGUCUGAUUUUCCUGAA